ACAGCAGUGCGAAUGGAAUUCAACGCAAAGUAUUUCGUACGCGCUACGCCAUUUGAACUACGUAACACAAAUUGAAUUACAGUUCCGUGUGCUUUGUGCUAAGUUUUGCGCUUUCGUCUUGUUGGUUUGAGCUGUCAAGUGGCAAAAUUCAAAGGUGGUGCAGGCGAUUGAAGAAAGUCUCUGUUUGACCGGACUUAGUGCAGUGCGUGCAGGGUGAAAAAAGAGAAAGCCGUCCUCGUCAGAUGCAAGAAGUUGUCGUGGUUCUCGUAAAUUAAAGCAAAAAGCAAUCCUCAUUGCCAUCUGUAUACGGGCGGGUUGUAAAUUUGUCCAGUAAAGCAUUAGGUGUUGUCCUUUUUUGUUGUGUUUUUCUGGUGUUGUUUCUGUGCCGUCAGUGAAUCCGUGCGUGCGUGCGUGCGUGCGUGCGAGAAAAGAGAAAUGAAAAAUGCAGUGCUUUUCCGUGGUCCACAGUGAGCAUUGUUAGUGUGAAUAAAUAAUACGUAUCUAAAAUCUUUUCGGAGCUUUUCGCAUCAGCACGGUUAAUGCUCAAAGUGCAAAGAAAGAGCCAACCACAAAUAAAAAAGAAAGAAUAAUUUAAUUGUCGAACCUCAGCGAGGCGGAGGUGAAAUUUAGGCCGCUAUCAUCAUCUUCCCCAUCAGCCGGAAGUGGUCAAGUCACUGUGCUGUUGAUAGGCGGCAGUGAGGGCACCUAGUGGAACGCAGUGAAGGUUUUGUUUUACAGCACGGGGGCACACAAAUAAAACGCAGUCAGCUUUACAGAGAGAAACAACCGGACAGCAAAAAGCAGAGCAACGAUGGCCCUGGUGCGGAAGAAACUCGAUGACAAAAUACUGAAAACGUUGCGAGAGCUGGUAGGCGUUGGUGGUAACAAAGAAUGCUUCGAUUGUGGCCAGAAAGGGCCUACUUACAUCAACAUGACUAUCGGUUCGUUCGUCUGCACCAGCUGCUCCGGCAUACUAAGAGGAAUUACACCGCCACAUCGCGUAAAAUCGAUUUCUAUGGCCACCUUCACCCAGGAGGAAAUCGAAUUUUUGAAGCAGAACGGUAACGAUAACUGCAGCCGAACUUGGCUGGGUCUUUGGGAUCCGAAGCGUGCAAUCAAGCAGGAGCAUCGAGAUUUUAUGAUAGACAAAUACGAAAGGAAAAGAUAUUACCUGGAGCCUGCUAGUCCACUGAAAUCGCUGCCCACGAACGCAUCGAGCUCGUUGACAUCACUGUCGGGAGGCAGCAGUAAGAAUGCCAAUGAAAGUUUAGUUCCUCUCAAAACGCCAACGCUAACGCCUCCGGCAACACUGCGACUGAAUCGUACCAACUCCGGCUCGUGUAAUGGACUGAACAACGUGAACACAUCAUCGUCAUCAUUGCCCGGUGCAAUGGGUGUCGGUGCACAAUUUCAGCAGCAAUUUACGCCCGACGAUUCUGGCUUUUUUGGUUCCGAACCGCCAAAAAUUCUGCCACCAACACCGCAGAAGAACCACAUGCUGCAGCGAAAGAAUGGCAUCAAGAUCAAGCAACCGUCCAAUGGAUUGCCGCCGACGUAUGGACGUAACCAGAAGAAUGGUUUACUCAACAGCAGCACCGCGGGCGGUCUCUCGGGAAGUAGCGGUGACAUUAAUGCCAAUAAGUUUACACCAGAUGCGGACUUUGUAGCUGACUUUGGUAGCGCAACAAUUGUGAACAACGUCAGCAACGGGGGUAGCCAUUAUGGGAGUACUAGUAGCUUGAAGAAUGGCCACAGCAACAGCGACAAUGGAGUUGGGUUGUACGCACAGCAUAACGGUAAUUACGAGAAGACAUCAACCAGGGAGAUGGAAAACUUUGCCGACUUCGACCACAAUCCCAUCUUUAACUCAGCAGAAAACAUGAAGUCAUACUUCAGCAGCAAUAGCAUUGACAGCAGCACUACGACAAGCGUUAGUAGCACGGCCAGCGUGCAAAGCUUGUCCGGUCCCGAUCCGUUUGCAAACUUUUACUCAAAUACUGUCGCUGGUAAUACUAAUUGCGGUAGCAACUCCACGGGAUCUACCGCCGGCACGCCAACAGCCUCAUCGGGUUCAGCAUCCACUGGACCGUCGGUUCGCGGUGUUGGCUACACAUGUAUCUCACCGGAAGAUAACACGCAUGCAAAGGUCCACACGAACUAUGGAUUUGGUAACACUUUCACCACCGGUGAGUCGUGUUAUGCGACCAACGAGUGUAUCAUCAACGGUGGCUCCGGUGCUGGAUCCGGUUACGCUAAUCAAAAUUAUACCCUACCUUGGGGAAACAGUAAUGGUACGCAACCGGAUUUCAACUUAACGAGGUAUGCUGGAAGCACAAAUCAAUUGAAUAAUAAUGUCAGCAACGACAGUACCCAACACGAUACCGUACAGUGGAACUUUUGGCAACAGUUUGGCAACAACUGUUGUUGGUCGGCAGAUGAUCGUGUUCAGCAGCAGCAGCAACGGUUCCGCAAUAGUAGCGCUCAACAGAUGAUGAGCCCCCAGCAUCAUCAUGCAGCAGUGAACCAAGUGAAAAGUUACUCAGAUCAAAACCGGUGGAGUCUUCCAAUGCCGGUUGGAUCGAACAUUUCCGCUAGCAAACAGAGCAAUGGCAAAAGCAGUAGCACUUCCGUUCAUUCAACGCCGUCCGUUGACCGAUACGCUGCACUGAAGGAUCUGGACGAUCAGUUCCGGGAGAUAAAGUUAGAGCAGCAAGCAGAAGCAAACAACAACACAAUAACAUCCAACGGACUAGGAAAUGCGGCCAGCAUAAACGAUUCUAUUACACCAACUUCCUCGGCAAAUCCGUUCAAAACGGCUAAUCCGUUCCAGUCGCAGCAGCAACAUCAACAUGCACAACAACAAACGAUGGCUUGGCCAAUCAAUGGCAUUAACGGUACGUCACCGGAUGUACGACAUCAGGCGGCAUCAGCGGUAGCAACGAAUGGCAACGGUUUCUAUGCUACGUCACCGUACCAAGGAGGGUUUGCUCAUGGCGCAAGCUCACAGCUCUACAAUGGCAAUGUUGUCAAUGGAACUACGAUCGCAGGCAUGAGUUAUCUUCCUCCGGCGGGCUACCAUCCCAAUGGUAACGGAUAUUCCGGAAUGUCGGGAGUAAAUGGUGUUAUGAUGGGAGGCCAGUUUAAUGCGACAACGAAUGGUGGUGUUUCGAUGUUGAACAACGUUUCCGGCGUCACCAAUCCGGUUCAUCAUUUUGGAAACUUUGGAAAUCCGUUCAUGGCUGCUGGUACUACAGCGGGAAACUCGAAUAAUCCUUUCUUAUGAGUAGCUUCAUAAGAAGACGUGUAUAGAUAGUGAAUUAUACAUUUUACAAGAAAAUGUUUGGAUGUGUGUUUAUGACGCUUUUUUGUGUUUUACAUAGAAAGUGUUUUAAUGCUUCGACUUGUGUUACAGUUACAGAACAGAAAAUAGCGAAAUGAACCGAUACACAACUAUGUGUAAGAAAGCGAGCAAGAGCGAAAGGGAAAUGCAUGUUAGAAUGCAGGAGCAGAUUGUAUAUAGAUUUUAAUUUAAAUUAACUAAACAGAAUAACUAACUGAUACAUUCAACGUAUAGAUUUUACCGAAAUCCUAAGGUAUGAAUUGCUUCAAUGCAAACCUUUUAUUUAACCCAUGACAUAUUAGUGGGCAUGACAGUUAUACCAUUGGAAAACAGGCACAGCAUUGGCGUACGAAUCCGUUGAUUGGCAGUACACUAUACGGUAGAAUCAUCGUACGAAUGAAAUAUGGGUGAAGAAGAAAACGAGAACAAAAUCAUUUAAACUGCACAAGGUUUCAUUUUCUUGGAGGUUUCUUCUGGCAUUUGUGAGGAAGUGAUAUGCAGUCCAGCAUCUGUAAGGAGUGAAGGUGUAAAAUGUUCUACGUAGAAAUGUGUGAAAAUUCUGCAAACCCGAUUUUGAGAAUCAUUCAAAAUGGGAUAUUCGUGCGGAUGAAAACACCGGCUGCAGGGUUUAUCCAUUUCAGAGUAACUGUCACAGCGUGUAGAGACGGUAGCGGGUGUUCAAACGUUGGCUAUAAAUGCAGCGAUUUUCGGUUAAUUUUUAAACAAAAAUUAAAACACGAAAGAAUGCACCAAAAAAUAUGCGAUAACAUGUAUAGCGACGGGACAUUGCUGCUAAACUAAUUUUUUUGCAAAGAUAGGGUACUGUAAUUUAUAGUAACUGUCACGGUUUUAUUAAAACGGAGAACGCCUUAGCGCAGAUAACUAUUUAACGAACAAAACUAACGAUCAAAUCGAACAACCCCUUCUGUGUUGAUUAAAACAUCUAUAAUAAAAACGAACCCUUUACGUCGAAUUCUUUAAACUAUGCAACAACAGUUCCGAAAUCGCAUAUUCUGUAAACUAUUCAACGUACAGAAUACGUAUCGAGAUGUGUAUGUCAAUAAUGGUUGUAAAAAUCGAACAAAGAGAAGCAAACAUGUCAAAUAUUUUAUGCUUACAAUUCGUGACACAUACAAGAAAAGUGAUAAAGUACAGAAGUAUUAAUGCUAAAUUUUAAGCCAUUUUCUGUCCUCAUUAAAUCUACUCCAGCUCCAGCGAUUACGUAUGCUACAUACGCCACGUCAAAUGAACGAAAAUAGCAAACAGAUCGAUCUAAAGCUUGUUAAAUACAGCACACAGAACAUUUUUAGACAGGUAGUUUUCUCUCUUCUUAAAGAAUAUUAAACUAGCGACAUAUGAGUGAGUGGUAUAAUAAAAACUAUGGUCUUCAAUUGCAAGUAAAACGAAAACAAAAUAAGACGUGCUCAAUGGAAUAGAUUUAUGAACGAUAGUUUGCCUUUUUUGUAAAGCCACUAUUAAAAAUUGGCGUACAGCACCUUCCAUCCGGGUGCAACUAAACGGAAUAGCAAGAAAAUUAUUCUGAUCUGAAAGAUUGAAAUUUUAGCAUGAAUGAACGUUCAGCAGCUGUUGAAUAAAAGCCUGCGGGCAAAAUCAAAGAAAACGCUUAUGUGGCCUUACAUAAACAAAGAACGAAAAUGAAAGUUACAUAAAUGUGUUGUAUGUUAAAUUUAAAUCUACAUCAAAACAAAAAGUAUCAAUUAGAUAAAGUGCUGCAUUCAAAACCAGCUCGACAACACCAAGCGCAGUACCUAUAAGAGUUGAACUUAUCGCUUCAACAACGGUAGCUUAAACGACGGUAUAUAAAGGGUUUAGGUGUAGCGAAAGUUUACUCUAAAAAAGAUUGCCAAGUGCAAAACAUAUGUAUCACUACAGGCAUUGUUUUAAACAUAUUUUCAUCGCUCUAAAUCGAUGCCGUUUUACUAACUAUCAUUGAGGAAAACUAUUAUCAUCUACCUUCACAAUGGCGUCAGCAAAGUCUUUACUCGAACAUCUAAAUUAUGACCUGCAUAAGAAAAGGUAGACGGCAAGUGUAACUAGUAAGUAAGAAAAACAAAACAAAAAGAUAAUGUUGAUUUCUAUCCAUUAAUCAAUAUACUUCCUGGACAAAGGUCUAAAUCUUAUAAGUGAUACCAAGCAAAUGUGAAAAUGUGUUUGGAGAUGAAACAUUCGCCUUCUAAUAUAUAAUCAGUGAAAACAAUUUAGCGAACGAUCUAAAUCAAAAGAGUAAUUAAAGCACAGGAGAUGAAAAUAAGAAAGUUUGAAAUACUAGGGAGUAGUAGCCUAAAACAAAAGUAGUAAAUAUUUGAAGCUGCUUGUUAUACCUGUCUACAUUGCCACCAACGUCUGUGAGAGUGUUAAGAACAAUGUUUUACUUGCAAUGCAGUGUAUGUUUGUUCAUGUGUUAUGCUUUACUAAUGCACAAGCAAACAUUCGCUUGCACGCACGCUGUGUUGAAGUUUUAUUCGAGUGGACGAAACUUAUGACUCUGGAUAGUCGAAGUCUGAAUAGAGAAAGUAAGCGUCUGAAUAUGGGAGUUCGGACAAGAGUUUGAACAAACAUAACAGGAUACACUCUUUCUCUUAAGAUAGAAGAAGAAGUGUGAACGAAAACGAGAAUGUAAUAAACAUAGUGCUUUUCAUUGCCUAAGUUAGAUAUGCGAACAGUGUGGGGGAUUGAACACGUAUAUUGUAGGAGCUAUAUAUCAAAAGAUUAGUAGAGUGCAUUGCAUCUAUUGUGCCUUAAUUUGCAUAAACUCUUGCUUCAUCGCGUUGUCGGAUGAUCUUUACUGUAGCGCCGUAUGUUCGAUCGUUUCCUAUAUGUUCUUAUACGUGUUGUAGCAUCAAAACGAAGAUCUACACCGACGAAAAAAAACGCAGGAUGGUGGGAGUGAAGGGUCGAGUCGGAAUCCGUCCUGUAAGCAUUGGUUUAGCGCCACUGCGCUUCUAUCAGUUUGCACAGCUGUGUCUAACUACUGAAUGGAAAUUUUUAAAUUGUUCGCGCCCUUACUAUUACUACUUGCAUCGAUACAGGCCACCCAUAUGGUGAUACGCAUACGUGCGAGGCGAAGGGUUUGCAGUUGUGUGUAGAUGAAUGUAGCGGUAUCAAACAAAUGAACAAAUUGUUGUGAAAAUUGUACGUUUAUGCCAGUACUGGUUGAAUGAUUUUAACUCAAUAUCAAUUAAAAACAGUUUAAAGAAGUACCAUAGCGUUCUAGCAUAAUAAAGUAAAACGUUAUUAUUAUUAUAUCCAUAUAUAUAUGCAUCGCAAACAAAGCAAAUGGUUAAUUAACCUGAUAAUACCAAUCUGUAGCGUAGUGAUAAAAGUAGUAGCGUAGUUCCGCGGUGAAAUCAGGCGCGAUUCAUCUUCAUAUACAUAGUUUUAUGCGCUAACUAUGUUUCAAAGGUCGUAAAAUAAAGAAAAAUACUAUUUAAUAUUUAUUAGGUGACACACUUA